AUGGCUAAACAUGUGGCUGACACCAAUGCCGUUGAAGUUCCUCACAAGACUGCUAUUGCUUUGGAAAGAGGCAUCUGUGUUCGACGUUCAUUCUCUCAGAAACUAGCAGACAGCGGUGCAAAAAGGGAUCAUCGCUCCGAUGCUACUCACUCUCACUUCGUCGAGGUCCUUGAGAAGGUCCGCGGCUAUCUCAAACCAAUCAUGGAAGCUGGUCUUUUCAAGCCAGACGACCUCGACAAGAAGACAGAUGUCAAGACGAACCACCCCGCCAAGGGCAUGUUUGACGUCCUCAACGUCUACACUCCUUCUGAGGAAUUCCUCAACGCCCCUGACAUCAUGCCUACACUUGAACCUGAGACUCAAUACACCGUUGAGGAAGAGGUCACCUGGGAAGACGCCUUCUUCGCCUUCGCCGCUCUUCUCCGCGACUACGAUUAUCUCAGCCAGGAGAUCCAUUUGCUCUGGAAGAAGUACGCCAGUGGUGAACUUGACCUCGCCGCUGUGGCUCUAGCUACCAACACAGCAUUUGAGUUUGCUCACAGCAUGGAAGCGGAUAUCAAGAAGCUGAUGGACGAGUUUGGCGGAACGGCUAUCUUCGCACAUCAGUGCUUCGACGCAGCUUGUCAGGCGAUGGGUAUUGACAAGGACAUGAAAGGCCCAGGCACCAUGCAUAACCUUGCGCAUGGGUCUUUCGACAGCUACGUAAAACACAACCAUGACGUUAUCAUGCCUGGAACCUACAACGGCGCCUUCGGUUGGUAUAACGAGAGGCUCGGCUCCGGUGGCAGAAACAACACCGAGAGGUGGAAUCAGGACAAGUCGGCCCUGAUGGAAGUCUUUUCGAGUAUGCACUUCCUUACCACGAAGCCUGGUCAAGGUGACGUGGAGGACGAGCUUGUCCGCGGCAUGGGUGCUGCACUUAGGGAGACCAAAAACUACCCUCGUCUCUGGAUAUCGUGGGCUCUUCAGAUGUAUCUCGAAAUCGUCCAGGGUCUUGGAGAGUCCGUUGGGCGCGGUGAUGAGCAGUUCAAGAAGGAGAGUCUGAAGAUCCAAAAGGCACUUGUCGAGCUGCCUAAGACGACUGAGCGCAAGCAAGUGCUUCAAGUGGCGACGCGAUGGAAUCACGAUCCUAUCUUCGAGAUAAGCCAGGCAAACGCGGAGAUGGGCUUGGCGGCUCACGAUAGUGAAGAGUCUUCUGAGUUCCACUUCUUUCGUCGGAACCCUAUACACUGCGGUCUUCUGAUCCAUGACAUGCGAUCUAUGCUGCAUGUCAAUGGUGUCAAGACUGCUGCGCACAGCGGUGGUCUGAUGACUACUACACAGCUCUACCAAGCCCUCUGA